AUGUCGGCCCAGAUCCGGCAGAUGUGGCAUGAUGAUCUGGCCCACAUGCAGCGUGGAAUGAUGGCACUUGGGUGGACCGCUCCUGUUUGCCAAAUCUGGGCCAAAAGCAGCCCACAGCAAUGCCACAUAUGUCUGUUUGGUGAUGAUGAAGUGGAGAAAUUGUCAAUGAAUAAAGGAGAUUCAUUCACUCUAAACUCUGAUCUCACUAAAAUAAAGGAUGAUGAUCUGAUUCAGUGGAGGUUUAGAAGUGGAAACACUUUAAUAGCUGAAAUCAAUAAACAGGCCGACAGCAUGACUGUAUAUGAUGAUGUUCUUGAUGGGAGAUUCAGAAACAGACUGAAGCUGAACAAACGAACUGGAUCUCUGACCAUCACAAACAUCACAGGGGAUCACUCUGGAGAUUAUACACUACAGAUCAACAGCAUGAGAAAGAAAUUCAGUCUCGGUGUCUAUGUGCGUACAGCAAUGAAGCCAGUGUCAGUGAUGGUGGGAGAUUCAGUCACUCUAAACUCUGAUCGAUCUUACAUGAUUGAUCGUGAUUGGAUUCUCUGGAGGUUUUGGGUUGAUGAUGAGAUUGAGUGGUGGUCUGAAAUCAAUUUAAUAGCUGACAUCAAUGUAACAGGCAACAGCAUGACUGUAUAUGAUGAUGUUCUUGAUGGGAGAUUUAGAGACAGACUAAAGCUGGACAAACAAACUGGAUCUCUGACCAUCACAAACAUCACAACUCAACAUGAAGGCCAUUAUAAACAAAGGAUCAGCAUAAGAAACAGCCAUUCUAUUGCAAGUUUCUUUCUCGCUGUCUUUGUUGAAAUAUCUGUGAUGGAGGGAGAUUCAGUCACUCUAGACUCUGGUCGUACUGAAAUGACGUAUUAUGAUCUGACUCGGUGGUGGUUUGAAACAAAAAUUACUUUAAUAGCUGAAAUCAAUACACAGCCCUACAGAAUCGCUGUAUAUGAUGAUGAUGUUCUUGAUGGGAGAUUCAGAGACAGACUGAAGCUGGACAAUCAAACUGGAUCUCUGACCAUCACAAACACCACAACUGAAGAUACUGGACAUUAUGGACUACAGUUGUUGUUUUCAAACAGUUUCUCAUCUAAAUCAUUUAGAGUUAAUGUCUAUGCUCAUCUGUCUGUUCCUGUCAUCAGCAGAGACUGUUCAUCAUCAUCAUCAUCAUCAUCAUCAUCAUCAUAUUGUUCACUGGUGUGUACAGUUGUGAAUGUGGAUCAUGUGACUCUCUCCUGGUACAAAGAAAACAGUUUAUUGUCCAGCAUCAGUGUGUCUGAUCUCAGCAUCAGUCUCUCUCUACCUCUGGAGGUGGAAUAUCAGGAUAAAAACACCUACAGCUGUGUGAUCAACAAUCCCAUCAGCAACCAGACUCAACAUCUGGAUAUAAGCAAACUCUGUCAACAUUGUCCUGAUGAAAUAUCGGUGAUCGAUGGAGAUUCAGUCACUCUAAACUCUGAUCUUACUGAAAUGAUGGAUGAUAUGAUUCAGUGGAAGUUUGGACCUAUAACCACAAUAGCUGAAAUAAUAGCUGGAAUCAAUAAACAGGAUGGCAGCAUGACUGUAUAUGAUGAUGUUCUUGAUGGGAGAUUCAGAGGCAGACUGAAAAUGAACAAACAAACUGGAUCUCUGACCAUCACAAACAUCACAAGUGAACAUGCUGGAAAUUAUCUGCUACUGAUAGUUGGUGGAAAACAGGCAUUAAAAGCUUUCAGUAUUUCUGUCUAUGGUGAGUAG